AAGGCGAAAGAGGUGGUGGGCGUGGCUUCCCAAGCACCAGCCAAUGGUCGCGGGGCGUGCGUGGCGCAGCGUUCCCACCUCGCGAGCCAGUCUUCUGCCGAGUCCGCCAGGGAGGCAGGGCAGGGCUGGGCUAAGAUGGCGGCGCCCGUCCUGCUGCGAGUGUCGGUGCCGCGCUGGGAGCGGGUGGCCCGCUACGCCGUGUGCUUAGCGGGCAUCGCGCUCUCCCUCUACGCCUGCCACCUGGAGCGCGAGAAGGGGCGCGAUCUCCACUACCAGGCCCUCUGUGACCUCAGCGAGCGCGUCCGCUGCUCCGCCGCCAUCGCCUCCAGAUGGGGUCGAGGGUUCGGCCUGCUGGGCUCCAUAUUUGGGAAGGACAGUGCAAUAAACCAACCGAACAGUGUUUUCGGACUUGUGUUUUAUAUACUACAGAUGCUACUUGGAACGACGGCAAGUGCGGUAGCGGCGCUAGUCCUCAUGAUGUCCUCCAUAGUGUCUGUAAUAGGAUCCUUGUACCUGGCCUACAUUCUGUACUUUGUGCUGAAGGAAUUCUGCAUUAUCUGUGUUGUCACGUACUUGCUGAACUUCAUUCUCUUUAUCAUCAACUACAAACGACUAGUUUACUUGAACGAGGCCUGGAAACGCCAGCUCCUCCCCAAACAGGAUUAAUUUCCCUGUGAACGUUUGGCUGAUGGAAUUUGAAGACCCAACUUCAACUUGAGUUUAUUUCACAGUAAAAGAGAGACCUUUUUUUAAAUUCUUAUUGGGACGCUUUUCCCGAGAAUCAUAACUGGCUUAAUUACAACCAAUGAAGAAGGAGCCCCUGAAAUAACUCCCGCGCUAACCUUCAAGUCGGUGUGGUGAGGAACAGCUGAGAAACUUCUCAUCCAAUCAGAGAUGAGCUUUAACUCUGCUUUGGUGGCAUUUCUUCACUGCAGAUUCUUUACUCUGUCCUGUCUUCCCCCUCCCCCCCCCAUCCAAAUAUUUAAAGUUGGAAACACUUGCUAGGAAGUACCGUGCGCGUGCAUAAAUUCAGUUUUGGGGUCUAAUGGAAGACGUGAUCAUGAUAACUUUAUUCUAGACUUUAGAGGUACCAUACGGAGACGUUGCCGUGUUUACAUUGUGUGUGUCUGUCUGUAGCUGAUGGGGUUUGAAAAGCAUAGGUGCAACUAGGACACUUGCUACAAAAUUGUACCUAACACUAGAAAGGGCCAGCCGUACCUUUGCAAAAGACAGAAGCUUGGCUGGUUUUGUUUAGAAGCAUAGUGACCGUGAAGAAGAAUCAUUUGUCCUCUUGUUGGGAGAUUUGUCUGAACAAACAAACAAACAAAAAAGCAGGAUAAAAUGAGCCCAUCUCUGCGGAAGACUUGCGGUUAGCUGAGAUUCCCUUUUUUUCCGUAUGCGUACACAUGCACGUGUAUCCAUAAUGAGACGUAAAUUGAUGCUGACGGUUGUUAUGUGUUCCACUUUCAAUGGAACAAUUUCAGGUUUCCCUGCAUAACAUAUAAAGUUGUUAUGGCUGGCAAAAAAAGUCUUUUCUGAGGACACUGGGGAAGGGUAUAUGGCCUGGGAUGGGACGUGGAGUCUGUUAGAGGAAGAUGCCUCUUUUUUUAAAGGGGAAGUGUCUUCUAAGUGGAAUUCAGGGACAGAACUGGUCGCUCCCUUCGGACCAGUGUCAGAAAGUCAGGCAGUAUUAAAGGUUCUAUAAGCUGCUGUGUAAAACUGCAACUCUUACACUGGAUCCCAGUAACUUACUGGCAAACUGAUGCACUGUUCAGGCAUCGCCUUCAGUGAAGUCUUCUCCUAUUAGCCCUAUUGAAACCAAAAGGGUGGCUGCCGAAGAAAACCAGGCUUUUUGGUCAGCUUCCCUUCCCUUUGAGUGGUUAGUGGAGGAAGUCAUUCCUACAGGCGAUGGCCAAAGAGACCGAGCGAUUCAGGAUCCUUGAUACAUAGGAGAGAUUAGAGCGAAUGUGUAAUCAACUCUCCCUCACCCCAAAGUGGUGUGCAGCGGAGGGAGCUUGUGCGUUUGGGUGGGGUUGUUCGAGGAAAUAAGUGGGCAAAUGACUUGGAACUGAGUGGGGCGUUUCAGGAUUCAAUCGCUGUUCUUGAAAUGAUAACGUUCGAGCGAAUUGCGGAUCACUGCAUUGUUGUCCUGUUCUCCUUCUCUCCCCCCCUCCCCCCCGCACUCCAGUCUGUGUCAUCCUGUAACACAACGUUUUAAAAGUGCCUUCUGUCUUUUAAACAGAGCAAACAAAAGCAACCAAAUAUUUGUGGGUGUCUGAAAUUGGCAGGCAGAAGUGUUGCUUGCAUAUGCAAAUGAAAACAAACCUUGGCAGUAUGGCAGAAGCAGUUUUGUGCCCCUUUGCAUGCCGAGGGGCAGCAGUGUUGUGAACGAAUUUCUCACCUAGAGGCCCCCAAUUUGACGAUAGGCGAAGAGUGCCAGUUCAGCCCACCAGGCCUCUGUAGUCCAUCUGCAGUCGUGUUGAGGCCCCUGACUGUCAGGGACAGUACAGGCACUGCGGGGCUUGCAGCAGGAUUGUGCUCUUGCUCCUGUGGUAAUUCGUAGAGAGAGGCUGCCUGGUUUUUUUCCUCCUUAGGGAAUUACCUGUCUUUCCUUAGGGGGCGUCGUGCAGUAUUGUACCUAACUGGCUGAACCCACAGUGUUUUGAUACAGAAAUCAGCACCGUUUGGCGCUGGUUUUCAUGAACAGGACUCGGCAGGGCGAGAGACGGUUGUAGAGGAUAGUCGCAGCAAUUGGCUUUGACCCCAGCUAUGGACACCUGUGCAGAGUUUCCUUCUGGUGCGCACCAGUGCUACUGCAUUUCUGCUUGCCCUCCAGCCAUGCUUUGUGGCUUCUUGCAGCAAUGGAGAGAAACAAGGAGGUCACUGCAGUUUCUUGUUCCUUCGUGCAGCAGCAGAAAUAACACAGAUGCCUCUAAAGGGUGAGUAGGUGGCAAUAGCGGCUCUCUGCGGGUGCCUGUAGUAGUUGUCAGAACACAGUAGCUGCUGCGGUCACCCAGAGGCUCCUUGCUACAUGUAGUGUCUGGUUAGGGCUCUCAGGCAAUCCAGUCAACACACCCCAUCUCUUGGGGACACUGAAAAGAAGGCCAGUGCAGCGUGCAAUCUGAUAGCUGGGGAUGGCCCUUUGACAAGGACCGUGGAGCGUACCUGUGGAGUCCCAAGGGGCAGGAGAACAAUCUAGGGCCAGCUCUGACUAUAUCUAAACCCAUGCUGUAUUCUUUCGCUGUAGCGAUGCCAAAAUGGGAAUCUGGCAAUGUUGGGUUGUCCUCUUGCCUUCGUUUCUGUCAGAACUUAGCUUGUCAAAAUCCCUCCCUUUAAAAAUUCUGUUCAGUCUGAAAUUUCUUCCUUGUGAGUCUCUGUAUGAAAUCCUAAUUUUGAUGUACUGUAAGAAGGAAGGGGAAAAUAAUUCAAUGUCAAGGUGUUAACAGAAUGCUCUUGUAUUAGCGUCUUCAGUGGAAGCAAGCCUCCACCCUGGAUGAACUUCCCAACAGUAUUGAAAUGUCUGCCAAAAUUUGUCCUGGUUUUUUUUUACAGGGGAUGGGAGUGGAGUGCAAGGCAUGGUGAAGGGGGAACCCUGUAAAACCAGUGAUGUUACAAUACAUACUAGAACACUAAACCAGCUUGUCCUUGUCCAGAGCUUCUCAAUAUAUCUUUGCGUCGAUCAGAGUACAUUUAAAGCUUCUCUCGAACUUUGGAACCUGAGGAGGAGGAGUGGGUGGGUAGAACCUUGUGUAAUAUUUCCUGGGGGACCAUCAAAGUUUUGCCCUCUCCAGUUUGAGAAGAUGCCACUCUGUGGGUUUUUGGGAAUUUUUUUUUUUUUAACUUUAAAACAUUCCUGUAACCAUUAAAUGUUUUUUUACAUAUCAAAGGAUGAGAUGAAUGAUGCUGUUUUUGGACUCUGGUCUCUGCCUGGUCAGAAUAGUACACUGCAAGCAGUUGGCAGGUAAAGAGUGGGGGAAGUUCUCCGCUUGAGACUGUUCCCUGGGUUGAGGAAUCUGCCCACUAAUCUCAAAUAAUAUCGUCAGAAAACCAGGAAGAAACUCAGUUAAUGAUAUGGCAAAGAAUAAAGCAAACUGUGUGGCACAGUACACAGUCUCCAUUAACAAAAUAUAAUAAAGGCAUAAAUGCAAACAUCCUUUCAAUAGCCAUCCAAAAGUCUCUCAAGUAAGUAGUAAUGCUGGAAAGUCUAUUUUCCAAUGUGGGUACUUGCAGACUUAAAUCCAAGGCGUAGUCCUCAGUUGAUGUCUUCAAUUAGCAAGAAGUCCAAAGGCAGUAAGCCAAAAGUCCAAAAGGCAACCUUCUUCAGCCAAAGGCGCUUUCUCUGCAAUUCAGUGUGUUGAAGCUUCUCCCACAGUGUUGAAGACUUACUUAUUGAUCGGGACUCCAGUCAAACAGCUUCACAAGACAAACGUUCCUUCAGUUCUUGGGCAAGAGAAUACUGUUGCUAACUGAAGAUAUCAACUGAGGACUAGGCCCUGGACUUUCCACGUUAAUACUUAUCUGAGAGACUUUUGUAUGAUCUUUGAAUGGAUUUUUGCAUUUAUGCCUUUAUUAUAUUUUGUUAAUAGAGAUUGUAUACAGUGCCACACAGUUUGCUUUAUUCUUUGCUAAUCUCAAAUGGCAAAAUGGCAAUUUGAGUUUAAUUCGCCUUUUCCAGUUGUCUUCUUUGCUUCUUUCCUCUCUUCAAAAGAUGAGGCAAUAUCUGCGUGCACUUUUCAGUCCAGUAGGAGCCUAGUUUCUGAGCAAAACCAGAGUAACUGACUCAGCAAGCGCACGACCCUCUCAGGUGCUCGUUUCUUUCCAUGAAAUGAAGGAGUCUCAUGUCUCAAGGAACAAGGAAGAGGUGCAGAACAGCAGCUCUCUGAAACCCUUAAGCUGUGCCCCUUGCAAUUAUUGCCCAAGUUUAUGUGUGUGGGUCUAUCAAUAUAGAUCAUCCCCCAGGAGUUGUCUCUUCUUGAAUCAUUUCACUAUUUGUGCUGCAGCUUUGAGGAUACCUCUGCAGGAAACGUGGCGGGGAGGGAUCUUGAAAGGAGGUCCUGUGCAUGGUGCGCCAGUAUGAGUCCAUUCUGCCUGUGCCCGCCUCUCUUGUGGGGUGAACGGUGAUGCAGCGGCAGACUACAUCACUCCCUGCGGUUGGCAGUAGAAAAGAGCAAGAGUCCAGUAGGUCUUGAAAGACUAACAGAAUUUGUGGUGGAAUACGAGCUUUCAUGAGUCAGUGCUUGCUUCUUCAGAUAGUCUUCUGUGAGCAGUGACUCACGAAAGCUCAUCCCCUACUGUAAAUUGUGUUACUCUUCAGGGGUGGAAUUCUAGCAGCAGCUGCUUUUUGCAUAUUAGGCCAUGAUGUAGCCAAUCCUCCAAGAGCUUACAGAAAAGAGCCUUGUAAGCUCUUGGAGGAUUGACUACAUCAAGGGUGUGUGGCCUAAUAUGCAAAGGAGAUCCUGCUAGAAUUCCACCCCUGUUACUCUUUAAGGUGCUACUGGACUCUUGCUCUUUUGUAUUGGUACAGACUAACAUGGCUACCCAUCUUGAUCUGUCUUGUGUCGUUGGCGGUAGGCAUACUGAAGAGCGCAUGAUGCUUCUCUCUGCGCUGCCAGCUGUUCCUGCAAACAAUUCCAUCUUAUACCUUGAGAGGUCAAGACCCCUGCUAUCCACUCUGGCCAAUGGUCACUGUCAAAAUUAGCUGUUUGGUGGUUAGUAGUAAAAACUUCAGCUGUUAAUGUGCGAGGAACUGCUGGAGGCCAGUGCCAUGGUCUUCUCCCUCCUCCUAUGAAUCAUAGUGGUGGAGUUUGGUGUGCAUGGAGAUGUCCCUUUCCCUAGGAGAAAGCACCCAUGUACCCGGUAAGGCCCCUCCAUUUGCUUUGCAGAACCUUAAAAUCUUUUGGAUAACAAGCCCAGCAUGCGUUGGUCAGACUGAAUGAUGGUUGUUGCAUUAGGAGAAAGCACCCCUAGUUGCGGACAGCUGCAUCAUUCCCAGUGUUAAUCUAAGUCUGUCUGCCAAGCUUCCCCAUGUGCCAAAUGGCAUUGCUUUGGCAGGGAGGGCAAGAAGCUGGCAGAGCGAUUCACAGGCAUAGAAGGGAAACAGCCCUGUAAGAAAGGUACAUGGGGGAUAGCCUUGCUUCAAAGUGUACCUCAAUGCGGGCAUAGUCCCCCCCCCCCCCAAAAAAGAUGCUCAGUUAUUUUGCUGCUCAGUUUCGGGGCAUCUCUGAUCCCACAGUUGGGGGUGGAGUGUGGAUGAGAACAUCGGGUGGCGUGAUGGUUCUUGAUCUGCAUGGAGACGUUGGAAGCGAAAACCAGAUUAAACUUUGCUUGGGUUCUGCCAACGUUGUUUAAACACAACCUAGCAAGAUUAAUCGGCUGCGGGUAAAGAUAUUCCGUUACCAUUUUAGGUUGUUUUUUUCCUUUUUUAAAAAGUCUGUAUUAAGCAUGGCCUAAGUAUUUGGUGUGUGUGUGUUCUGUCUCGUACGUUCCAUCGGACGAAAUUUUUAUCACAUGCUUUGAAUUCCAAACUGUCUGUCAAGCGGGAGUGGUCCCAUUUUUACAUUCAACGUUAAGACUACAGAAUCCUGAGGUCUAGAAUAGAGUUUUGCUAACGGGGAAUUUAAAAAAAAUGUAAAUAAUGUAAGAAUGUUUAUUUGUUGCACAUAACUUUUUUGGUAUAAAAAUAAAUGUAGAAAUUACCUGUG